AUGCCGGUAUCGAAUGUUAGCCGUCUGAGUAUCACGCUCAAGCUUCCGUUAGCUUUCUUCCAGUCAGUGGAGGGACUCUCAGGCAACUAUCCUACAUCCUCAGACAUAGGUCCAGCAACGCAGCCAGCACGGCUUUGGCAAGAUUUAGGCUCCAUUCUCAGUCGUUUCGAAGCUCUCAAGAAGCUGGACUUGUGGCUCGAUCAUAAUGAGCCGCAAUUCUGGGUCGUGGUCAACGAGCGCUCGACCCUUGAUCCUCUUCUCACACAACUAAGUACUCGUCCCAAUCUCGACGUCACCGUCACGCUACCCAUGCUUCACCCGAAAUUUGAACAGAACGAGCGACAUUACACCGAAGACAGCGUUUCCGAGAACAUUCGUGUGAACAGGGUGUUGAGGUCGAAAAAGCAUGCUGUUAUUGGUGCUCAAGGAUGCAUCGAAAAUAUCGACGACCUCGCUACCUUCAUCGAGGCCUACAAGCAGCUACAAACCAACAACACAAGCUUACGCAACAAACUCGCAGAGCGCAAACGCGAACAUGACCAAACUAAAGUUCAACUCGAAAAGGCGGCACAUGCCAAAUACGCUGCUGAGUUCGAGGCAAUGCGAGAGGAAAUGAGCGUUAUGCGACAAGACAAAGCGGGCUGGAUAGAAUCUAUCGAAGAUCUGGAGUCUGAAGCGUUGACUGCCAAAGACAAGGUUGCAACUCUUGUGGCUGAGAAAUCGAAGCUUCAGCGUUCGGUGGUAGAACUUCAUGGGGCCAUGGCAGGAUUGAACCAGACGAUCGAGGAAGGCAACAAGCGCUUUGAUGAAGUCAAGGAGCGAGUGAAGGCCUUUGCGACCGAGCUUUAG